CGCGAACGCUUCGAAAACGUGUCCGUCGUGAUUCUUAUGUUGUAUAUAGAAUCAUUCGCACGAGAGUUUGAGUUAUACCUUUAUGGUUUUAACGUCAGUGCGAUACCAAUUCAGUUUGAAACAGAUUAAAGUUUUCUUUUUUUAUUUUUUUUUGUGUGCUUUUUUUUGUUUCCUUUUUUUUUUCUUCUUUUUUCUUUCUUUCUUUUUUUUUUUUAUUUUUUUUUUUUGGUUUUUCUUUUUUCUUCUUUUUCUCUUUCCUCUCCUAUGAAACGGAUAGAAUAUUUGAGUGUGUUCGCUUUUGUUUUUCCUGGCCUAAUUUCUCAGUGCGAUUCAAAUUGUUUGCUUUUGCCGUGCGAGUGUUCGACCUUCUCGAGGCCGUUCCAGAUGAUGAUGACGAUGACGAUGAUAGGCUCACUGCUGUCCCGCGACACUUUCCAAGCGAUGACGAGAGAGGAAGCAACAGCAGCAGUAGCAAUCUUCGAAUGGAAGCAAUAAUCGAUCGUUAAAACUUGAAAGAGAGAAAUUCUGGAACGACGACGACCACGACGACGACGACGACUGCUAUAACAUAUUAUAGUUGAUUUCAACGAAAAAAUUCGUCUUUUUCGACAUAUGUAUCGUUUUCUUUGUCUUUUUUUUUUUUCUUUUUUUUUUUUUUUUGAUUUCUUUUUCUUUUAUACGUAAGAAAAAGUACUACAAGCACGUUUACGAAUUUUCGUCCUAAUUUUCUUUAAUGGCCGAAUAGAAAAAGAUUAGCUUUAAUAUAAUAUAUAAAUUUGUACGAAAAGUUUAUUAUAUCAAAGGAAACGUGUGUCAUUCGAUCGUUGUGUUCGCUCGAUGUACUAUUUACAACUUGUUAAGUUUAUACAUUGAAAAUUAAAGAUUGAAAAGAGAAAGAAGAAGAGGAAAAAAGUAAGAAGAAGAGGAAAAAGGAGAAGAUAUAUAUCGAGUGCUCGUCGACGAAAUAUCGAACGACGUUUACGUCGGUGGUGUCAAGCAGGAACGGAGACAACUGUUGUUAAAGAAGACGAAGAAGAAGAAGAAGAAGAAGAAGAAGAAGAAGAAGAAGAAGAAGAAGAAGUAGUAGUAGAAGUAGUAGAACAAGAAGAAGAAGUGAAGCAAGGUGGGGAGAGAGGAGGACGAGGACGAGGACGGGCCUUUCGCGCGCGAGCAAGUGGGUCAGUGUCCUGGCCGAUCGCGAGGAGAGACGACGACGAGUACGUCGUGGAGAAGAGAAUUUUUUUUACGAAACUCUUUCACCCUCUCAAAAGAUGAGACUAUUUUAUAAUUUUAUUAUACGUUGGAUUAUUGAACUUCGGUGAAAAGUGAGACGAAAAAAAAAAGAGUUAAUUUUAUUAUAUUUUUUUUUCUCCCUCUCUUCUCUCUGUCUCUCUCUCUCUCUCUUUCUCUUUCUCUCUCUUUCUUUCACUCUAUAUUUUGUUUUUCCUUCGUAACAUUCAUUUCCCUUUCUUUAUCGUUAAUUCUGUUUCCAUCGUACUAGCAAGUUCCCAUUCCGGGUUUUUCCCACUUUCUUCUUUUUUUGUUUUGUUUUUCUUUUUGUCUUCGUUAUCUUAUUCUCUUCCAUUCUCCCGUUGUGUGAAAUUUGUGAGGAAGAAUUCGUUUAUCACGGUGGAUGAUGUGCCGCGACAAAGGAUCAAGCAACGACACGUAACGACACAUCAGUUUGUCCGAUGACAAACGUCAAUAGGAUCAGGGUGGUCGUCCUCGGCGGCCCCAGAGUCGGCAAGUCCGCGGUGGUCGUCCGAUAUUUAACGAGGCGAUACAUCGGCGAAUACAGUUCGACCAGUGAUUUCCUUUACCGGCACAGCGUUACCAUCGAUAACGUUACUACCGAGGUGGAGAUACUGGACACUUCCAGGUGCGAGGAAAACGGUUGCCUCUAUUCGCACAUACGAUGGGGCGAGGCCUUCGUCGUCGUUUACAGCGUUACAUGUAAACGAAGUUUUCAAGAAGCAAGAGGACUUUUAAAACAGCUUGCAGAUUUACGUUUACCAUCCUACUUCACUGCACUCUUGCUCGGCAAUAAGAGAGAUUUGGAUCAUGCACGAGAAGUAUGCGUGGACGAGGGACAACAGCUGUCAUUGGCUCAUGGAUGUCAAUUUUAUGAGGUCAGUGCUGCCGAAAGUCCAGCAGGUGCAGCUUUAGCCUUCCAAGCACUUCUACGAGAGGCAAGAUCGGUCCAACUUUUACGGGCUCUACCGAUACGUAGAAAGCUUGGUGUUCAUUCGGUUUCAAGGGUCCUCGGCACGAUAUUUGGCAAAAAUACAACCAAGGAUCGUAAGAAGAGGCCAUCAUUGAGUAUAUGACGCCUUCUAUGCGCCCUACUCCUCGGAGCUCGCGACGAACCCGAUAGAAGAACCGACGUCGUUGUCCUUAGUAGCAACGUUUAUGCAAAUCGUUGAUCGUUCUACUCUUAUUUCUUAUAUACGUACAUAUAUAUAUAUAUGUAUAUGUGUAUGUAUGUAUAUAUGUAUAUAUUUUUCUAUCCUUUUUCUUUACCCGAUUUCUUUUUUAUUCUCCUUUUUUAUAAUG